GUCUCUCUAGAAGAACUCUUCAAAGAAUCAUCUAGCAACUUUUGAUUUACUGAUAGUCCGCAGUUUGCGUUCGAGUGGCGAUAUCGCGUGGGCUAAAAUCUAGUUAGGCCCGUAUUGUGCUGUAGGCUUAUCCUCCUCCACAUUUGAUCCAAUCCUCUAACACCAACAGCCAACCACCUCACCCAAAGGCGCCUCGCCUCUCUCGUCUCUCCCUCCCCCGUCUUCGUCAUUCUCCUCCUUCACCAUCACCACCAAAUCUUUUGGCCUCAUUCCCCAUCCUCCUCAAGUUCAUCUUCACCUUCUUUCGGCGUUUUCGAUUCCUCCGUUCAUCAAUAUUAGCGACUUCGUCUUCGACUGACUCCUCAGCCACGUCUCCUUCUGCUUAUCUCGCCGCGCGAUUGAUUCUUACAUGUACUAUUUGCGGCGGUGACGCCGUCCGCCAAGAUCCGUGCCUUGAUUGUCCCCGACCGACCGAUCGAUCGACUAAUCUGCACAACACGAUCUAUACAAUCCGAGCCAAACGCAAUUCCCCUUGAAUUAAUCUCUCGACCCGAUCAAGAACAAGCAAAUCGAAUCAAAAUCAAGAGGCGGUCAUUAAAUACUUUGUCCGUCGCCCAUCAUGGGGCUCUCUUCCAACCCGUCGUCUGCCUUUACAGGCGUCGUCAUCGGCCUCGUGUCAUCCUUCGGCUCCAUCGUCCUCAUCGCCCUAGUUAUCUUCAUCUUCUGGGUUUCUGGCUGCGCGAGUACCGGUCGUAUCAUCCUCGAUCGUCUCGGUCGACCUGGCGAAUACGAUGAUGAACAAGCGUUCGCACGCGAUGAGGCCGAGGCCCUCGAGGUCAUGGAUGAUAUGUCUCGCCAAGAAUAUCUACGUGCAAAGGCCUGGGUCACUGCAAACCCUCCCGAAUCAAUGCAGACUGAUAUCUCUCUGUCUCAAUACCUCGCCAUACAAGAAAAGGGUGUCUCCGCAUGGGAAUUUGAGCCUGAACUGGAGAUCGCCAACUGCUUUGUCGAAGCUCGUACCGAAAUCGAAUUCUUUGACUCGGAAUGCACCGUCAUGAGCAAUCUCCCUGUUCCCAAGCAGAACGAUGUCUACUACUGGGAAGCCAAGAUCUACGAAAAGCCCGAAAACACUCUUCUCAGUAUCGGCAUGGCUACCAAGCCUUAUCCUCUCUUCCGACUGCCGGGUUAUCACAAGUACUCUGUUGGAUAUCAAUCUACCGGUGCCCGCCGCUACAAUCAACCAUUUGGCGCGACUCCCUAUGGUCCCCCGCUGGUGCAGGGCGAUGUCGUUGGGGUGGGUUAUCGUCCUCGAACCGGUGCUAUCUUCUUCACUCGCAAUGGUAAGAAGCUCGAGGAGGUUGUUCACGGACUCAAGGCGCAAAACUUCUUCCCUGCCAUCGGUGCAAACGGCCCUGCUACUAUUCACGUCAACCUUGGUCAGGCCGGCUUCGUCUUCAUCGAGGCCAACGUCAAGAAAUGGGGUCUGGCUCCUGUGACUGGAAGCCUGGCUCCUCCGCCACCAUAUGGAUCUGAGCAGGGUAGCAUACUGUUGGAAGCUGGCACCAAGGACGGCAACACUUAUCCUCAAGGCCGGCAACACAGCCACUCCAUCACUGCAAGCUCUUACAACACACGCAACCCAUCUAACGAUCUGAACCCUUCGCAUGGACGAACACGUAGUGGUAACUUUCGCGUCCUUCCUCCAACAAGUCCCGGACCAGUUAGAAGCUCGACCGAUAUUUCUUUGGCUCAUUUUGUACCCAACGAGGAGAACGGCGAAGCUAGCAGCAAUGCCGGACCUCAACAGGAGACGCACGACCACAACCCUCUGCAUCUGCAUCUCGAGGAUGCGACAAACCCGCCUCCUGAAUACCAAAGUCCCGACCAUUCAGGUAGCGAAGAUGGUCGAUAUGGAAGUGACAGCGAGGAAGAUACGCCUCUUAUUCGCGUAAUGAACCGCAGCCGAGGUAACUCUUCCACUACGGUGCUUCCCUCACGGCAAACUCCAAGUCCUCGCCAACCACCAGUACCCAGCUAUAGUGACGCUAUGCGACAAGGAGCUGGUCGUGACCGUAGUGAUAGUGCUCGAUUACCGCCACCGAACCGAACGCCAUCCAGUAGACCUCGCAGUAGCACUUCUGCUUGAGUGGGCAUUCGAAUGCGGCCUGCUGAUUCACAAGUUUUAUACAUUUAUUCAUGAACGUCUGAACAUGACAUCGAAGACGAACGGCGAUGCUCAAGAGAUGCAGCAUCGACGACAUAUGAUACCGGAGUUGACAGGACCGAUCCCCAUACAUGGUCCAUUUCAAUCGUUGUUUUCUCGCACAGGCGCCUUGGAGUUUUGAGCAUUGACAGACGCACGUUUCCGAGGUAUAAGAGCCUCCAAACGGUCGGCAGUCGUCUUUUUUUAUUUUGUAUUUUUAGACAGGAAAUCUGCUUCGGUCUCGGGGUUGUGAACCGGCUGGAUAUGAGUUCCUGGAAAGGGGGCCGGAAUGGAAUAUUGAUACCAACAACCUGGAUGGAUUUGCGCUCCUUUUUUCAUUUUGACGCUUCCUGUUUCCUUAAACAUGGCCCCCCACUACGUAUCUGAGACUGGUCGAAGAGCGUAUGGAUGUUUGGAUAGUGGCUUAUGCACUGAUGGCCAUAAGGGCGUUGAUGUUGGAUGAGGCCUCGGUCGCUGUCUCACAAUAAAAGGGGCGACUUUGAGUAUAAAGUAGUGGAAGUACUUUCGAUAUGAAUUCACAGCCACUUAUACUAUCGCACCUUUUCAUGUGUUGAUAUCAUGAAGCCAGGUGAUGUGAAAUGGCUUAUGUAUACGAUGGCUCUGGCGGGCUCUAAAAUGUGGGCUUCAUAAGGCUUAGUUGAGGUAGUGAUACAACUGACCCUCUAGAGUCACCAAAUAACAGCAGCUAAACAUAGAACUUUAUACGAAGUACCAAUCAUUUCCUAACUAC